AUGACUUCUUCUUCUUCUUCUUCUUCUUCUUCUUCUUCUUCCUCCUCCUCCUCCUCUUCUUCUUCUUCUUCUUCUUCUUCUUCUUCUUCUUCUUCUUCUUCUUCGCGCCUCUCCCUAUACCCAAUAUUUGUAACCCCACUGCAUACACUGCAUCUAUCUAUCUAUCUAUCUAUCUAUCUAUCUAUCUAUCUAUCUCUCUCUCUCUCUCUCUCUCUAUAUAUAUAUAUAUAUAUAUAUAUAUAUGCACACACACACUGGCAAACUUACAGAGAGAUCGCGGACUGUAGGACGAAAGAAAAGCUCGUGACGGCCAUUACAGACGUGUUCUACCCCAUUACCCAUUUUCUCAUAUCUUUCAUUCCUUAUUCAUGUUACCUUCCCGCUCUUAGAUCUUUCCUUAUUUCUUCUAUUCACCAUUCUUUUGUUCAUUCUAAUCAUGUGCUUAUUUACUUAUUCCUUCAAACUAUUCUUCGUUUCUUUUUCCUUUCAAUCAUUAUUUAUUUUUCCUUAUUUUCAUCCAAACAUUAUUCACUUUUCAUUCCCGUCCUCAAACCUUUUCUGAUGUCCUUUCAAUAA